CCGACUUUCGUAGUCGGGUCCUUGUCAGACCCGUCUGCAAUUUUGUGGAAGCUCUCCACCAUACAAAUAUAAGAAUACAUUUUACUAGGGUAAACUUUACAUCAAUAUUAGUCGAUUCGUAAAAGUUAAUUUUUACUAAAACGUAUUUAUUUAUGCAACUACGGCAGCUACAGCUUCAAAGCUGUCAACGAAACGGCCUAAUUAGCUUUGUCCGUCAACAUGGCAGCUGUCAGUACCCAACUUAACGGUGUCUGCCUCCCCGCCGACAAAGAACCCACAGUCCUCCUAACAGGGUUUGGCCUCUUCCGCGACUACCGGAGCAACUCCAGCAGUGAGGUGGUCAGGGCACUGGGCAAGACGGGCAUCCCUGGCGUCCACCUGGUGGUGGUCGAAGUCCCCGUCGAGUAUGAGGCGGUCUCCACCCUCGUGCCGAAGCUCUGGGAGCAGCACCGGCCUGUGCUCGCAGUGCACUGCGGAAUGGACGCGGGGGCCCAGGCGCUGGCGCUGGAACAGGUGGCCAACAAUGGCGGCUACUGUGCUCUCGACAACCAGGGGGCGGUGCCUUCCCAGGGGUUGUGCAGCGGGUCUUGUCCCCAGCAGAAGCUGCUGCGAACAAACUUUGACUUGGACGCACUUUGCAAGAAGCUGAAGGCCGGCGACUGCCAGGUUCCCAUGCAGGUUUCCAGCGAUGCCGGCAGGUUCAUGUGCGAGUUCAUCUACUACACGUCGCUGAACAUCAGCCCCUCGACCGUCUUCGUGCACGUGCCCCCCGUGGACAAGCCGUUUAGCGUGGAACAGCUCUCCAACGCAGUCGGCAACAUCAUCCUCAACUUGCUGGAGCAGAUGGGGCUGGGCGGCUCGGCGAACCGGAUUCCAGCGCCGAGCAACAAUCUAGUGAAGAGCGCCGGCGUCGCGCUUGAAACGACGAAUCCCCGUCCCGAGGAGGCCACGAGCAACGCGGCAAACUAAGUCCUCAGUUGGAGCGGCGCAUUUGUUUUACCACCGCUUCCCGUUUUUGUUUUCUCGAAUCCGUGGCUCGUCAUAUUUGUUUUUUUACUUUUUUACCAGGAUGUGUUUGGGAAUCGUGCAUCUGGCGUUUGGUACAAAUAAUUGUCCGGACAGACCUCCGUUGUUAAGUUUGGUCGUUGUUUGAACGCUCGUCGUCGAUCUGCCAUGGUCGCAGACCAAACGUUUCCAUUGGCUAAAGGCCAAUUUGCACGUUUGCAUUGGGUGCGACCGAAUACGCCGCGCUCUCUUGUGACUGGCCGCUCACCCAAGGAAAACGGAACCAAAUUAAGGGACGAGACGACACGAUAUUGAGACGCUGCGUCGUCUCGUCCGUUGUAUUUCUCCGUGUCUCGGGGUUUACGUUUCGAUAUAUUUUCUAAUGCGUUGUUCUUUCACCUUGGGCUCGACAUCAUUCUGACAACGUUACGUGCGACCAUUCCUCGUAGAUGGGGCGCAGAUUUCGUCUCGCAAAUGCUGCAAAACCUUAUGCACGGAUCGGAAGCAUUCCAGAGCAAGCCAGUGUGUUUUCUCGUCAUAAGCAGCGUUACAGACGAGCACGGUGCAGUUCAUCUCACUCGCACACAACGAACCCAACUUAAGA